AAGGUAAGGUUAUAUAUUAUCUAAAUGACUAACAUAUAUAGAUCACUGAAGGCAAGUUUCUUUUUUUUUUUCUUUCAUUCUUUCUCUUUUUUUUUUAUUAGUGUAAUUGAAAAUUUUCCAGUCUCAGAUUUACACGCAUGAUGUAAUCAUAAGCAUAAUGUUUAAUGUAUCAAAUAGGGAAACUGCUGCAUAAUCUUACUUUAUGCAAAACUAACUUUUAGUUCGAACAAAGUAAACCUCAUCUUUAAAUAUGUAAAUCAAAAUAUUUAAACAUAUUUCCUUUAGCAGAUUUCACUUUCAACCCAUUAUCAUUAGACAAUAUGUUGUUAAAAUCAGUCACUUUCAUCCCCUUCAUUUUGCAGCUAUUCUAUACCAUAGGUGUAAUGGGGGAUGUUGCCCUUUAUGAACCAGGAACUUCGGAAAUUUAUGAUAGUAAUGUUGAUUCUUUACAAAUACCUGUGAAAUGGUUAGAAUCAAACGCUACACCUUUAUUAACUCAAGUUACUAACUAUUCAUUGGUGUUAUGUAACGGAACUACCUAUAAUAUUAACCCUGUUCAAAACUUGACCAAUAGCAAUACAAAUGGAUCUUUAUUAGUGGAUGGUUCAUAUAUAUUUUCAGCACAGUUGACAAACUUGGAUUCACUUGUAAGUGGAUCUUAUUUUAUUCAAGUUUUAGCUACUGGUUCAAACUUCUACACUAUUCAUUAUACUAAUAGAUUUUAUAUUAAAGAUGGAAAUGUCCAAGUUGAUUAUGAUGACCUUUCUCAAGCUUCACCACCAGCUCAAACUAUGUUUUUCGGUCAAGGAGUUCUGACAGUUCAAAGUAUAAAUACCGCAUCGUAUACGGUUCCUUAUUUAUUGCAAACUGGACUGGUGAGAUUUGCUCCUAUGCAAGAAGUUCCUCGAUCAACUCCCAAUCCUUCAAGAUGGACACCUACGAAAACUACAACUGCGACUCCAACUAAGAGACCAAUAUAUACUAAACUCGGUGGAUACGUCAAAGGUAAGCAGAUCGUUCCUACUGUGGAAUACACUGUCACUCAACCUCCUACUUAUGUUCAACGUACCAUGACAAAUACUGAUCUGGCUGCUCCAUAUCCUCUGGGAUAUUAUGAUCCAAAGAUGAGAGUUCAAAAUCCUAUUAAAUUUACAACUAAGGAACUGAACCGUUAA